UCAAAUAAAUAAAUCUUUUUUAAGAAAGAGAAGCGUGGACAGUGUUGAGGAUAUAGGUAGAUUGUCUUUCAGAAAAAAGGCACAAAUGGUGCAUGGCAGUUUUCAUUUGGAGAACAAAGUUUAGGAGAUACUCUGAGUAAUGAUGAAUUUAUUUUUUAGACAAUACGGUACUCCAAAUUCUCAUAGAUAUUUAACUACCAUCACAUUUUUGUAAUUACGGAGAAACAUUUACAUCUUACCACUUUAACUGAGUUAUUUCUUUCAUACCAUUCUGUUACCUUCUGAUCUAGUGUCCUGUAGUUCCACAUGGAAAACUGUAUCCUCAAAACAUUUCUUUUACCUUAUUGUUUCGAUGUUACAGUUCACACUAUAAUUUUUUUUUCAUAUCCUGAAAUAGAUAAUUCAUAAUUUACUUAAGCAGUGUACAUUGUUGUUUGAAAAGUGCCUUUAUUGAAAACAGAACAGUUUUACUAGAAAUGUCUGUAUUGUUAAAAGUAAAAUCAUAUCAGUUAUGUUUAUGAUAUGGGGUUACUUCUAUGCAUAAAACCAAAUUCCCAUUCAAGUCUAAUUUGUGUAUUUACUUUUCAAAUAAGUAUAAUUAGUAGCUUGAGACCUUUUCCAGUUUUGACUCUGUUGGUUGCCAGACUUAAGAGCAUUUUCAUUAGUAUAUUGGGGAAAAACAACUUUUAUCAUAAUGCAUAUUUUUUGACUGCUAAGAAAGUUGCCCGUAUAGUCAUAUAAACAAACGGGGGAAUUAAGGUGAGGGAAUAGUGAAAUUUGGUAUUCACUUGGUGGGUGUAAGAACAUGGGAAGUGUUUUGAACAUGUCUGUUAAAAUGAUUUUCAUGAAAAAUUGUCUGCCUGUUUUUAAACAUGGUAGAUCUCAGUGCAGCUAGAUCAUGCUUUCCUCUGCAGGCUCCCAUCUACUGUUUGAAGCUUCUGCCCCAAGCUUGCAUUGUUUAUAGGAGAACCUGCGUCAUACCUUUAUCUGUAGCCUUCUCUUAGGUCUUAAGGAUCCUGAAACCUUCCUGUGGACAUUGGAUUUGGUGGAACAGCAACCAUGACUGUGGGAAAGAGCAGCAAGAUGCUGCAGCACAUUGACUAUAGAAUGAGAUGUAUCUUGCAAGAUGGCCGAAUCUUCAUUGGCACGUUUAAGGCUUUUGACAAACAUAUGAACUUGAUCCUCUGUGAUUGUGAUGAAUUCAGAAAGAUCAAGCCGAAGAAUGCUAAGCAGCCAGAGCGUGAAGAAAAGCGUGUUUUAGGUCUGGUGUUACUACGUGGGGAGAACUUGGUAUCCAUGACUGUGGAAGGACCACCCCCCAAAGAUACUGGAAUUGCUCGGGUACCACUUGCUGGAGCUGCAGGAGGUCCUGGGGUUGGCAGGGCAGCUGGCAGAGGAGUGCCAGCUGGUGUUCCAAUUCCCCAGGCUCCUGCUGGAUUAGCAGGCCCUGUCCGAGGGGUUGGGGGGCCUUCCCAACAGGUAAUGACUCCACAGGGAAGAGGCACUGUAGCAGCUGCUGCAGUUGCUGCUACUGCCAGCAUUGCCGGAGCCCCAACUCAAUACCCACCAGGUCGGGGGACCCCACCCACUCCUGUGGGCCGAGCAACACCACCUCCAGGCAUUAUGGCUCCUCCACCUGGUAUGAGACCCCCCAUGGGACCACCAAUUGGACUUCCCCCUGCUCGAGGGACGCCAAUAGGCAUGCCCCCUCCAGGAAUGAGACCCCCUCCACCGGGAAUUAGAGGUGAGUCCACCUCCCCCAGGAAUGCGUCCACCAAGACCCUAGGAUACUGUUGAUCAUUCUUAAAAAGUCACUUUUUUCCCUGCGAUGUGUCUUGUGAAAUUGUGUAGAGUGUUUGUGAGCUGUUGUUCCCUCCUUGCUGCAUUAAUACUAGCUAAUAAAUGCACAGAGCAAUUAAACUGCGA